UCUCUAGAGAGUGUUCUCUAAUGUCUUCCAUGGCUCCAUCAACUCGCCUUUCUUCCAUCUUCUGCUUCUUCUCACUUCUUCUCAUACUCAUAGCCCUUUCAGAAGCCUGUGAGGAUGGCCCCUUAACUCUGCGAUCUGAUGAAGAAGCCGACAAAGUCCAUAAUUUGCUUACUAAAUACGGCUUUCCCAAGGGUGUUCUUCCCGACAACGUGAAAUCCCACAAUGUCUCCGACAAUGGCGUCCUGCGAGUCCAACUCCAAAAGCCUUGUACUGUGUCGUUGGGCAUUCGUUACAGUGUGAAGAUCCGAGCGAGGCUUGCUUACGGAUCGCUGACCCGUGUGAACGGGAUCCGGGGGAAGACGGAACAUGGGUUUUGGUUGACUGUGGUGUCCAUCAAGAUGAAUGAGACGUCAAACACUGUUGAGUUCAGCAUCGGUGGGAAGCCUAAGAAUUUUCCUGCAACUGAGUUCGAUGUUGCGCCUGCUUGUGAAGCCAAAGCAUUUGACUUGGAAGCCAUGUGA